GCCAGUCGUCUCUCUCCGUCGCUCUGAGCCGCUCGCUCGCUCAGUCAGUCAGUCAGUAGGCAACAGGCCGCCGACCGAGCAGGACCGCGUUGUGCCGCCGUGGCCGUUCACCGCGCAGCCGCUCCCCGUCGCCGUCCUCCCUGACUGCCUCACGGUGUCCGAGACUCCGCCCUGGACAAUGUGCACGUGUGUCCGAGACUCCCCGCGCCUGGAUUAGUGCGAGAGAGUGCCUGGCGCAGCCUGGCGAGCCCCGAGGAGGCCGAGACCCGCAACAAGUGCGCCAGAGAGUGCUGUGCUACAUAGUGUGCGUGUGUGUGUCGUGUUUGGAGUGCUCCGCUGCCGCUGCGUGGAUAGCUACUUUGUCUAGGGCUUGCUCAAGUAGGAUGCGGCGGGUUGCAGUGAACGUCCUUCCCUCCAGCAAACGUGUCAUCCAGAAAAACCCAGACACCAUGAGGAACACAUCGCUGCUGAAAUGGGCGCAGAAUAACAACACGAAACAGGCUGGUAACCGUAAUUGGAUCCACUCCCCUGAUGCCUUGCAGCGCGGUCACAUUGUCUACCUGGUUAAGUUUAUGGGGAGCACAGAGGUCGAGCAGCCCAAAGGAAUUGAAGUUGUUAAGGAAGGCAUCAGAAAAUUAAAGUUUACCCAACAGUUGAGAAAAGCUGAGGGCAAUAAAAUUCCUAAAGUAGAGUUGACCAUCAGUAUUGAUGGUGUAGCCAUUCAAGAACCAAAGACAAAGCGUAUUAUGCAUCAGUAUCCUCUUCACCGAAUUUCAUAUUGUGCUGAUGAUAAAGGAGAGAAGAAGUUCUUUUCUUUCAUUGCCAAAGAGGCUGACGCGGAGAAGCAUGUAUGCUUUGUGUUUGUCAGUGACAAACUGGCUGAGGACAUCACACUUACAAUAGGUCAAGCUUUUGAUCUAGCGUACAGGCGGUUUUUGGAAACCUCAGGCAAAGAUCUUGAAGUGCAACGUCGAUUGAUGGUUCUUACUCAACGCGUUAAGAAGUUGGAAGCUGAAAAUAUUGUCCUAAGGCAACGACUUACAGAUGUCUCUCAAAUCAAAGGAAUGGCCGAUGUUGAGGACUACAUGCAGAGAAAUGGCAUAUUUGAUCUAUUGUCGGUGCCACAUCUUUCGACUAGCAGUGCGGAUAGUUCUUCUGGUAAUACGUCUUCAUCAAUGUCAGAUUCCAGUGUUUGUGAUACUUCUACAGUUUCCAAUGGUUCAGACUUCAGUUCGAGCAGUGGAAUGAAUACUAGCUCAUCAAAAAGCAAUGGUUUUGGAUUGCUGCUCAACUUCAGUUCGUCUUCAUCCACAAAUGGGUUGAACAGCAGUAACUCUUCGACAUCGCCCCCAGUACGAAGUGGACUGCAGUCUCCCCUGAGCCAAGUUCCUCCUGCCAUUCCACCACGAGCCGGCGAAAAUAAUUUCAUGAUGCACAAUCAAGUUACAUCAUCAGCUCCAUCAGUUGGUACCAAGCUGGAGGGCCUGCUGCUUGAUGAGAUGGACGAGGACUUCAAUCCUCGUGCAGAGGAGAAUUCUGUUGCACCAUCAAACACAUCAGUGCCUUCUGUUGCCAACCCCUUUCCAAUGACCAACGGAAUCUCUUCUACCCCUGCUCCAUUAUUGGCACCCCCUCCUAGCAAGUCAGCUGUGAGAGGUCGUCCACAGCCCAUGACGAAUGGCAAUGGUGCAUCACCCGACGUAUUUGGAACACCUGCAUUCUUCUCAUCGAAUACAAAUGGAAAAGCCCCUGUUGGGGGAGCGACUGAUGAUCCAUUCGGCAUGGGUGAAUUUUCAACUACCGGGAAUAAUGAUGCUUCACAACAUGACAUUGAAAGUGCCAUUGGGUUCCUUGAUAAGAGACUUUUGGAAAUGAAAGAUGGAUUCAGCAGAGGCCUCACUUUUGGGAAUGAAGACUUUUCUUUGGAGAGUUUGGACCCUCUACGUAAUUAAUUUGUAGCACAUUUACUGUAUGCUCAGUUUUAUGGUCCAAGCACCACAGUGUAUACUUGUGAUACCUAGAUUUGCUAUUGAAGUAAAAACGACUUUUAACAUUUAAAUUGUAAAUAGAACUUUGUACAUUCAGGGACACCAUAUGAAUGUUUUGCUUAGCUAUGUCUCAGUUACCUGCUUCUAGAUUUGUUUAAAUAACCCACAGACCAAUUAAUUGUAAAUUUAAUGUGUGCCGAGAUAUCUUGUAUUUUACUAUGUAAUGUAAAUUAGUCUUGAAGUCAAUUAGUGCUCGUGAUUUUUAUUUUUCUUUGAAUUAUUUUAAUUGCUGUUAACAGAAAUGAGCGUCAGGUUUUGUCAUUGCUAUGACAGAAAUCCUUUGUACUGGUUAUUAUCGUUCAUGCAUUCUUUCCUGAAAAGAAAGGUUUCCAAGUUUAUUAAAAAUUGUUGAAGGAUUCAAUAUUCCUUUUUGUUUCAAGGAUGUUACGUACUGUUGAUUUUAUGUGUGUAGUUUUUAAGUGUUCAAACUAUCACUGUGCUAUCUAAUGUGGAGAGAGUUCUUGUGGCCAAGUGUCUAAAAAAUUUGGUGAUAUUAUAAAGUUUAAUACCAUAAAAUGAAUUGUUGCUGUAAAAUAUGCCUAAGCUUCUUUUUUCUGUGAAUAUUAUUCUAGUUGUAAAUAAAUAUGAAUUGUUGCUGAUGAA